CCGGCGCAAGAAACAGAUUACUUGUUAAAUCGCAUUCAAGCAAAUUGCAUUCAAGUGUCAGUGCCCGGAGCGCGGAAAAAGAAAAAGAACAUCGGAAAAAGGAAAACGAGAGGAAGAAAAACGCGCGGCAGACAUUUUGAAGGCAGAAAACUUUUAUUUUCCUUCGUUUUUCCGCGAUAAAAUUGUGCAAGAACAGCGCGCGGGUGCUUGGACGGUCGAUCAAUCGAUCGAGAAGGAAAAUGCGAUCAUCCGGUGCGUGUCGGUUCGCUGGAAAUUAGGAAAUUCGUGCGGCCGCUCGUAAUUUGCGCUGUGCGUGUGUGUCGUGUAUGUGUGUGUUUGUUUUUGUGUGUUCUAAGGGGGUGGAGGAACCACUUCCCGAAAACUGAAUCGCGCCGGGAUCCGGGGAUGGCCCUUACCCGGAAUCCUCGAUCAUCAUCGCGGCUUGUGAAAGAAGCAGUUCUCGGUCUCGCUGAGUGGUGGCUUAGUGUAUUGAAUGUGCCAUGAGGAUAUAGACAGACGAAAGAAUCGCGAGCGAACGAAGAAGUCAGUGGAAUCCCUGCCAGAAUUCGGAAGGAACAAAGAAAGCAGAAGAAUUCAAGAAACCCAGUGAACGCCAAGUAAAACAAGCCAUGGAUCCCGGUGGUCCAUGGUCGUACACAUACAAUCGAAUACCGGGACCGGCGGGUGGAGAGUUCCAUCAUCACUUGGCGACGGCGGCGGCCGCAGCCGGGGCACCCUCGGGACUGGCUGCACAUCACAAUGCCGCCGGAGUAGCCGGAGUACCUUCAACCACCUCGCAGCUACUGCUGCAAGCACACUCCAACACGUUAACCGGCGCGACGGGUGGCCCAUUCAAUCCCCCGGCUGGCUUCCUCUCUACGGCCGCCAGUGUUGCAGGGUAUGAUGGAGUACUGUCACCGUUCUUUCAUCCCGCGGCCAAUCCCAAACCUGCCCACUACAGCACGACAGGCGGCAGCAGUGGGAACACCAACUCAGCACAACAUCGGCAGGUGCUGGCACAAUCCCAGAACCCGGCUACAAUGGCUGCUGCUGCAGCAGCGGCCGCGGCAGCAGCUACAGCAGCAACUGUCGUAAUCAAACAGCAACCGCCUUCAGAUGGCACGGAUGUUCGGGGCAACUACACGGUGGGCACCACUCCUGCUCAUCAACAAACAGCGCUCGGAUCAUUUUUCGAACAACAGCAGCAACAGGCCGUUGUCUCGAGUAAUGGACCUCCGAACAGUGUGCCAGCGGGUGGAGGCGGAAGUGGAACUGGCAAUAGCUGGCAAGGUGGUGCAGCUAGCAAUAAUCAGCUUCCCAGUCCGUUCGGCAUUAUGCCACACGAAAAUGUCCUUCCUCCGAGUCCUUCCAAUGCCCCGUUGCCCGGAGGAGGUGGCCCAGCUUCGAAGGGAACCACUGUCGGUAGCCAUCCGUACGAACCUUUUGGUGUUCAUUACGGCAACGCAUUGAACCAUCAUCAGGCGCAUCACCAUCAGCAACAACAGCAUACGCAGCAACAGCAGCACCAUCAGCAGCAGCAGCAACACCAUUUAUCGUCGUUAGCCGGCAAGGUAGCUGCGGCAGCUACAACUCCUACCGUCGGUCGAGCUGCGUCGCCGGCCGUCACGAAAUCGGUUGGACAAACGGCUCCUCCCUCGGGCGGUUACUUUUCUCCUUCCACCUCUGGCAGCAGCAGCGUGGCUUCCGCUCCUUACCCGGUAAACGAAUCUCAUGCGGCAUCGCCCAUCCCUUAUACAAGUGGGAUAGGUUUGAUGACAUCAUCGGCUGCCACACAACAUCACAGCGCCACCGGUGGCCCCGGUCCUGCAAGUAAGUCUUGUCCUCCCCCGAACGUUCGACGUAUCGGAUGUUCGUCUUCGCUCCUAUCGUCGUCAGCAACCGAAACACCGAACGUGGCUUCCUCACCUAGAACUCAGACGUCGUCUCCUUCCACGGCGCCGAUGGUACUACAAACCCCUUCGACAAGCUCUUCCGGUGCUAGUGAAAAUCGGUACCAAUCGCGUCCACCACCUCCACUUGCUUCCCCAUCCUCUACGUCCUCUUCCCCUUCCCCAUCGCUGUACUUAACAUCAUCCCGUGGAAUGGCCGAGUUGCAUCGACUGACCGAUAGCAAAGGAUACCAUCAUCACCUGCAUCAUCAUCAUCACCAGCAAGGGCAGCAGCAACAGCAGCACAGCCACCAUCAACAACCGACGCAUCAUCUGCACUAUACGAUACCUAGACCGUCGAUGAUACAUUCGCCACCGAGUGGGUCACCGGCACAAGUGAUCGUCAGCCAACAGCCGCAAUCAUCGCCAAUAAGCUAUUCGCUGACAGAUAGCCAGCAACUCAAUCGCAGCUCCUCUAGUAACAGCAGCAAUAGCAAUAAUAGUAAUAGUAAUAGUAACAGUAACAAUAUUGCGUCACUGUCCGCAUAUCAGCACCAACAACAGCCCCCCAGUGCCUCUCUUACUUUUAGGUCCGGUAGCUAUAAUUCCUCCCUGAUCGCAGCUCGGCAUGGUCAUGAUCCAUCGUCCACAACCGAGUACGGUUCGCGCAUCUCACAAGGUGGUGGUGGUGGUAGUAGUAGUAGCGGCGGUAGUGGGGCAGGCGGGGAUUCGCCUGGUCUGCCGCCGGAUACGACGACGAUCCUGGGGUCCCACCAUAAUACUCAUCAUCCCUCCUCAUAUCAUAUGCUGGCAAUGGCAGCGGCAGCAGCUGCAGCCGCCGCAGCCACGGCCCCCAGUGGUCCUCCUCCCUCUUCUAGCGGCUUCCCUGCCCUCACCUCGGGAAUGCCACCGUCAUCGCCGGCUGCCGGUUCUACCUCGUCCUCGUCGUCGGGCGUUUCGUCGGAUUAUUCACGCAAGGGAUCACCCUCGCUCUCUCUUUCAGCUAGUAACUGUUACCCAGCCUAUCAUCACGUAGCUUCGUCAAGCGUUACCGGUGGCAACCAGCAGCAGCCAACGUAUGCGGCGUUGCAAUUGUCACAACAGAUGCAGUCGAUCGGCUAUCCAUCCGUGAUUACGCGAGUAGCCCAGACGCCAACUGACCAGCAGCGAUCUAAAUCACCUCACCUUGAUCAGUGGUCAGCGGAGAGUGAAAGCAAACCCGAUCCGAUGCAACUCGUCAAGAACCUUCAAAGGCCUCCAAUGGCAACGGACGAAGGAAAGAGCAGCGUAACCGCCACAUCAAUAUCUUCCCCUAAAACGAAAGGCUCCCGAGGAGGAGGAGCACAGAAGGGCACAGUAACAGCAAAGCCGGGUCGACGCAAAAAGGCGGAAACUAGCAUAACGACUGACGCGUCCAAGACGACAAAGACAAAAGGGAAAGCCAAUAAUCGUACAGCAAUAGUAACGAAUGACGGGUGUGAAAGUAUAGAUCCUCAAAGUCGAACGUUGAAUGAUCGGUUCCACAGAGAAGAGAAUGUCCCGAUCAAAACGGAACAGUAUGAACCCUCUACGGAAACAGCAGCGACGAGAGAUCGAUGGAACUACGGGGGCAGCGAUGGCGGUGGUGGGGCUCAUUUGGCGCGAACACCUUCCAACACCAACCCAUCAACUGCAUCCUCGGGCUCUUCUCAGUCUUCAGCGGCAGCAACCUUGUUCGGUUCCUCCGCUCACAACAUUUACAGCCCCAUUUAUCAUCAUCAGGCUCCCAGUCAUCAGUCUCAUCAUCACCAUCAUUAUUACCCUCCGUUUCAUUCCUUGUCGGAUUCCGCGAAUAGGCCUACUAGUAUGGUUUCAAUUCCCUCCAGUGAAGUUGAUCGUGUUGUUGAUAGUGGCGGUGGCGGUGGCGGUGGUCCAGCGAAUUCCUUCAGUACACACUCACUAGGAUCGGCAAGCCCUCCGUCAUCUUCCUCCUCUUACACGCCACUUGUUGGUGAUCCGAGUGCCAUCAGCAAUGGGUAUAGGAACGAAGACGAACGGCGACGGUUAGAGGAGAAAGCAGUGUCUGAGAAGGUCGUAGUGCCGGAUAUAGAAGAGGAACUUGGUUUUCUUUCAGAACACAAUGGAGCGCAUACUAGCGCGACGAGUAAAGUGAACAGCGAAGGAGGAGGAAGCAUGGCGAAUGUAGCGAAUAAAGGGGAAUCAUCAACAGCAACAGUGACAUCAAGCGGUAGCGUCAACACGAGUACAAACAAUGGUUGCGUAGCAAAUGCAUUGAAGAAACUCAACCUACCCGCCAACAUGACCAAGGGCUUCAUGGGCAGUUAUCUUAAGUUUCUGCAAGGUGAGCGCGAUAGUUCGCCGCCACCGACGUCACGCGGUGGCCGUAAGGCAACCUGGCUGCGCCAAACUACGGCCAGCACACCUACUAUGUCGAACAAAAAUAGUUCCAACUCCACGGUUCCAGCCUCCUUAGCAGCAGCAGGACCAACGACUAAAGUUAUGACUACUGCACAAGCUGGUAAAAAGGCACAAGGAUACAACGCCAAACAGGACGUUAGUAAUAGCCAGCACGGAUUACAAAUGCAGCAUCUUAACGACGCUAAUCAUGGUAUUCCUUCCUUGGCUCUGCAGACCAAACCGUCUUCGAUCGGGACGGAAAGAACCUCGUCGAUGGCCGGUCUAUCGCAAAACUCGAGCGGGAAAGAUAAUCGUAAACGAAAGUACAACAACACAUCGUCAUCGGGCAGCCCGGGAUGUCAAGAAGAUCCACUCUCAAUCCCUCAGCGACGCCAAACCACUAGUCGGAAGGCGAAGACGAAAGCAAAACUAAGGCAAACGCAAUUUGAAACCGACGAACCGGCCGACUUUGAACAUGACUCCGAUUCCGAUCCAGCCUGGACACCGACGCCGGCCUCCAUGCAGGAACUGGACAAUGAGGAUGAACUGAAUGCAAGGGGACGCAAGAAAGCGAGCAAGAAAUUAUCAUCCCGAGGAACAGCUAAGGCAGAACAACCGGAAACGGUUCCAGUGCGAUCUAAUAUUCUUUCAGUGGCGGCUGCUGGUGCAGGUAUUGCAGAUUAUGAUUAUGCCAGUGAGGAAGAAACCGCCAAUCCGCCAUGCCAGGUUUCUCUAGCGCAGCAGGAGGAGUCACCGCAGCAACUACAAUUGCAACACGACCAGCAACAUCAAACGUCGUCAUCGCUAAUGAAUCCCCUACCACUUGGUGCUAUGUAUGGUCAGCAAUCGGUAGGCAAUCACAUGGCAGUGUCCUACGGUGUACAGCAACAGCAACAACAAUCCUUCAGCUCUACCACCGUUGGCGCGGGGGCGCAAAGCACCAUUCCAGCCGGAGGUAGAGUCUCUCUAGAAGAUUUUCAAACGGGCAACUUUGUAGUAAUACGCUCGGAUUUGGCACAGCACUCAGUGCCCGCCAUCUGGCGUGUCGAUGGGAAAACAUUGCUGCAAAAGUACGAACCAUUCAAGGAUGCAAGUGGUAAAACGUUAUUCCGCAACGUGUCGACAUAUUCGGCCUGGAAUGCUGAUUCAAAGAAACUGUACGUCAAAAUCCCGGUAACGUUCCGGGUACACAAUAUGAUGGAGUCGAUUGUCGAAUUUAAACGAGACGAGUUCAUGCUCACCCAUGAUCACUCCAGUGGUUUGGAAGGUACAAAUGGUUGUGGAACCGAUUCCGUCGAACACCAGCAGCAGCAACAGCAGUCGCUGGACAAAUCGAUGGGACUCGAAACGAAAUCGUACCAGGAUGUGUUCGAGGUGUACAUUCAAACACUGAUUUCCCAGGCGCUCGAUACGAACUUUUUGAAGGAAAUCUUCCAAGAACAAGAUGAUUACUUCCUUUCGCGCGUCAAAAUUAUCGACAACUUUACGGAAGAUCGUAAACGACGCCUGAUGCAGGUGACACCCUGGCCCCGCAAUAUAAUCAACUCGAUUGCCACACUGCCAGGAUACAGCAUAAUGGCUGAACUAGGUGGAGCUAAUCAUCUUCUGCAGCAGCAGCAGCAUCAACACCAUCACCUGCAGCACCAACAAACGUCCGUUUGUGCCGCCUGCCAUCAACCUAAUAUCUCGGUAAGGAUCGUGAUGCAGGGUCAACCGUACAAUGGGGCAACCCUUGCCCCCGUGGCUAGUUCCAAUGAGCAUGAUAAAAGUUUCCCGUUAUGCCGGCCGUGCACGACACGUUUCGAGCUGUUGCACAAGAUAUGCCACCAGAAAUACAUGAUGUAUGUCGAGUGCUCGAAGCGUGUCAACCAGCAGAUUUCCCACGAUUCCGGGAAGGCAGCAACCGUCAUCCUGAACGAACUGCUGGCCGAUGAACACUGGUUGGCAAUGCUGUUCAAGGAGGUGCGCGGUAUAUGGUCUGAAAUCGAAAACCUUGAACGUCAGUGUCGCUUUCAGGGUACACCUGUCCAUUAGUCCAAUGUUUGGAAGUGGAGCACGCGUCUUUUGUGUUGGUUUUUUUUUGUUCAUCCUAUUUCAUUCGAUUUUGGUUCAUGUUGAUGUGAACCUUCAUUUACCUUAUUAGAGUGUACAUAACAUUACAAACAUGGUACUCACUCCAAUGAACACUUGGUCAAAUUAAUUAAAGAAAGUAUGAAACCUGUGCAUCAUUGGCCAUACGCAAAGUAAGGACCAGUUGAUAUUUAGUUUUAACAGUACCAUUUGCUUUUGAGAACAUCGCCAUGAGAAAUGUAUUAGCAGAAAAUAAAUCGAAAAUGCUUCCAUCAGGAAGUGAGUACAACGAAAA